GGAAUCCCCAACGAACUGGCCCGGUGGGCAUCUUAGGGUACCACUUGGGCAGGAUGGGAUCUGGAGGGAUCCGGUGGGAAAGGCUCGGAUAGGAGCCGGAGUCCGGUGGAGGGGACCUUCGCUGGGCCAGCGAUGAAGGUGUCCCGCCUUGGAGUGUCCCAGGGAAGGGUCAGGCCUUCAUCCCCUCCCCUCCCCUACUGCCAGGCUGAAGCCAGGGGCUGAGCCUGGGACCCCUAAACCCCCCCCCACAAAACCUCAGGGGACCCUGAAGUCGCCGCCACCCCCAUGGACUUGCCCCAAGACUCCAGCCCUCCUCACGAGGCCCCUUCCCUGUGCCGGGAACCAUUGGUCCGGACCCAGUGGGAAACCGGGACCCCGAAGCGGCGGCGGCUGCAGCCGGAGAAUCCUGGACCAGCGCAGAGGGCCGGGGGGCAACCCUCGCCUAUGGAGAAGGCCUCUCAGCGGGUCCUGGCCGUGGUGCUAGAGGAUGUAUCCGUCCCCCACUCGUCCAAAGGGCCGUCCCUAGAGGUAGCCCUGACCCCUCGACGCCGGAGCGGCCGCCUGGAGUCCAGCCGCCCUCAGCUCCCAGAUUCCCAGCCCGGCUUUUCCCCUUGGGAUCCUUUAAGCAGCCUCUCCGAUGGGCAUUCCCUCUGCCGGGAGCCGCUGUCCCGAACCCCGAGGGGAAGUAGGACUCCGAGAAGGCGGCGAAGACAGCUGCAGCUGGGGAGCCCCGGCCCCGCGCCGGACAAGAGCCCUUCCCCCUUGGAGAAGGCCUCCCGCCAGGUCCUGGCCGUGGUCCUGGAGGACAUUGCGACGCUCCAUCCCACAGCCGAGACCCAGGAGCUGUUUACCCUCCGGAAGGAGCCAGCAGACUUGGGCCGCCCAACUUGUAGCAGAGUUGAUCCCCUCCCGACUCCCCACCCAUCGGUACCUUCCUCUCGGGCCCCGGCUGGAGCGUUCCCGGCAGCCUCUUCUGGGGACUGUUCAGACUGUAGUCCGCAAGGCCCUGGGUCGGAGUGUCCGUCCCCACCGGCCUCCGGCCUCCUCCGGCCCCGCCUGGGCCCCUGGGGUCUGGCCCCGCUCUUCCGUUCCGUCCGCUCCAAGCUGGAGAGUUUUGCCGACAUCUUCCUCACCCCCGUGAAGACCCCCCCGGCCCCCAGCCCUCCCGCCGCCCCGGCGGCGUCCCCGCCUCCGGCCGCCCCGGUGAAGCUGGAGCUGAAGAUCGCCAUCUCGGAAGCCGGGAGGGGCGAGGAGCCCGGCGGCUCUUCGGUGAGUCCCCGGCCUUCCAUCCGCCAGUGGCGGGCGCGGGACCCCGGGGUCCCCGCGGCUCCCCGGCCACCGUUGGGACGCAGCCGCUCCUGCCCGGACCUGGGGGCUCCGGGGGAGGAAGGGAGCGCCUGGCCGGCCUCCCCGCUCCGGCCUGUCCGGCCCCGGCCCCGACGGCACACGGUCGGGUGUGGGGAGCUCGCCCGGGCGCUCCCGGCCUCCCGGCCCUGUCUCCGCAAAGAAGUCUUUCCCCUCGGGGGACUGGGCUCCGCACCCACUAUCACCGCUGCCGUCUGCGUUCCUUCCGCCGCUUCCACCACCUCCUCCUUCCCCGACCUGCCUCGACCCAGGGCUGGCUCCCCCCAGGGGGAGGAACACCCGACCCCAGAGGCCAUGGGGCUCUCCGACUCCGAGACCAAGGCCACCGGGAAGGUCUCCCGGUUCCGGAUCCGGCGCACCCUCGCCCGGGCUCAGCCAAGCCUCACCCCGAUGGGGUUACCCCGACCGGUCAGGUUGAACAAGAAGGAGUUCAGCCUGGAGGAGAUUUACACCAACAAGAAUUACCGAUCCCCCACAGCCAAACGGUCCUUUGAGACGAUCUUCGAGGAGCCUCGAGAACGGAACGGAUCCCUGGUGUUCACGAGCUCUCGGAAGCUGCGGCGGGCGGUGGAGUUCCGAGACAGCAGCCUCCCCCGACCCCGCCGGCCUUCCCGGGGGGUCCGCCCGGCCCCGGGCCGGGCCCCCACCUCCGCUCGGGCCCCCGGACUGGAUCUGGAAUCCUUGCUGCAGCAGCGGCUGAAAGAGCUGGACGACCUUCUACUGCGAGAGGAAGGGGAUCCCGUCCAGGGCUGAAUGCCACCGUCCAUCCUCCCGGUCUUCGGGAGGACCCCCGCCACCGUCCGACCUCGCAGCGGUCCGGUCUCUGAAAGACGGACGCCACCGUCCACCCUCCAGAUGGACAGGUGCCACCGUCCGCUCUCCCGGUCUCCGGAAGACGGACGCCACCGUCCGCCCUCCCGAUCUCCGGGAGAAUGGAAACCACCAUCCGCCCUCCCGGUCUCCGGAAGAACGGAAACCACCGUCCACCGUCCCGCUCCCUGGGAAGCCCGGGAGGACGGGUGCCACCGUCCGCCCAGUCUCCGGGAGGACGAUCGCUACCGUCCGCCUUCCCACCCGCCACCGUCCACCCUCAAGGUCUCCGGGAGGAAACACCCUCCCUCCCCUUCCGCCCCCCACGCGGCCCAAGGCCCGUGGGGCAUUAUUUUCUGAUUCUCUAUAUUUCUAAUAAACUUUUGGAUUUGC